AUGCUGUUUCCAGAGACCAAUGUAGCUCUUCCGCUGGUCACGUCUCUUCUUGAAGUAUUCCCAGGUCCACUUAUAGUUCUUUUCAUGGAUCUCGGUAUAAACACAAUUGAAUGCAUACUGGAGCCAUUUCUUAGGAUCAUCUUCAACGGUUCCUCUUGGACGAAUCUUUCUGAACUUUUGUGUUCUCAGGUACCAACUCAAAUGAGAAGCUGUCCACAAUGCAUCGCGAUAUUGAUGGCUGUCCAAAUCGAGACCAAACUCAUCAAAGAAGAAUUUCCCUGCGUAAUGAGGAGACGACUCGGUUGCUCCUUGUUUGUUGACUGUGAGAUGACCGAAACCAGAAACAGGCUUCAAAAUAUAUUGCGCAUCGUUGUUGAACUGGGAGUUACGCUCGAUGAUGGUUUUGAAGAAAUCGAUGAGCUCUUCAUGAUCUGUCAGUUCAGUAGAGGCAUUUUCUGUAUCCCAAUAGACACUGAGACUACCCAAUGUCAACAAUUUCCGUGCGAGUUUGGUGACUCCGUCGUUGAAUCCUGGAAUCCAAUUUUCAUCAGCAGACACAGCAGACAGUUCUGUCAGGGUGAAACCCAAAGUGUAUGGGUUUUCUGUGAACGUGUGGUCAUCCUCAUAUCUGAAAUGAAUAUUCUUGAUGGUGACUUGCAAAUUAUCGACAAUUUUCGUCACCAAACUCUCUGUGAAGCUUUCAUUCUUGGCUUGCUCGUCUUCGGUAUAAGGCAAAACGUCGUCGAUCAGCACCUUGACAGGUUUGCUUUUCAAAUUGGACCAUGGAAUUUGCAACGUCAAUUCUCCAAUAUGACCAAAUCUGACGUCUACAGGAAGUUCAAACUUCUCGAGAGACUCCUUCUUGAGCUUCAGAUUCUUCAACUUGACGUCUCCGCUCCAAAUACCAAUGUUGAGUUGUUUGGGAUCAAAGUUCUCAACAUAAGCCCCAAGGGCCCUAUUGAGGAUAUUGGCGACAAGAGACUCUAA